UCCCUCCUUCGUCCUGGCCGUGCCGUCGGUCGAUUCCUUCCAAUUCUCGCUCUCCUCCACGUCUCCCUCUUCUCUCCCCAUCCUGCUGUUCUCCCUCUUCAGUGUGCGACCGUCGACUCACAUUCGUUUGACACGAUUGCUCGGUGGCUCCUUCCCUUGGGGCUACUCUCCGCUCGCCUGGUGCUCCUUCCCGUAAUUUAAUCUGCCUCGCCCUUAUCUGGCCUCCGACGACGCGCCGCGACCUCACACAACGCACGUCCGUACUCGCUCACACACAUUCACACACACCCGCACUCGCCCUCACCGUCCCUCUCGUUCUCUCAGCCGCAGUCGAGCACCUUUCUUUCCCCCUGUCUGCUACCUGUCACCUUCCCACGCCGCCACCAGACUCUUCCACCCCCCCGAGUCGAGAGCCGCUACAUGAUAUCGUGAGACACGUGAAUGGAUACAAUGCGAGGCGCAUUGGCUCGGGUUGCGUCGCUGAACCCACUCAAGCUGCUGCCCAUCAAGACGAACUUCAAGUACGAGCAGCUUCCCGGCUACGAGAGCAAUGCUGGCUCUCCCUACUCCACCUUAUCUCUCAAGAAGUACCGAUGGCGAUCCCCAAGUCCUGGAGGCGAACGCUUCCCUUUCAGCGUGCCGAAAAUGUCUCUCUCGCGCCUCCUCGCCCUGAUCAUGGCCUCGAUCCUGUGCGUCGGCUUGCUCGUCGCCGGCGGCUCCAAGUAUCACGACAAGGCGAAGCAGAAGCCCAAGCCAGCUCCCAAGCAGGCCUACCCGUGGGAGAAGUUCCCUAGGAUGAACGGUUACUACAACGGCAUCUCGACCCUCGUGCCAAAGUCCAAGUUGACGGACGAGCAGUCUCUGAUGUGGGACAACAUCACCGUUGAGGCGCCGCUGCUGGGCAAACCAAACACCCCACCUCCCCUUGACCCCUUUCCGUUCAACCCAUAUUCUGAGUACGAUUCCGACGAGUACCGCAGGACCCACUUUGAGGUCAAGGAAUGCUUCCUAGAUGAGGCUGGAACUGUCAAGGUCCCCGAUGUCUUCGCAUACCCUGGUAUCCCUCAGAACAUGAGCAGGCCUUCAUUCGGCUCAUAUGAACUUCUCGGUCUCAGAGAUGACGUCUGCUGGGACCGCUUCGGCCGCUUCGGUCCUUACGGCUACGGCUACGAUCCCGAAGAGGGCGGCCUUGGCUUGGCCGAGAAGUCGGAGAAGGCCGGUACCGACAAGGUCUUCAAUUCCUUCCAAAAGGUCGACUGGAAACAGGUCGACUGGGGGAUGGCGCAGGAAGCCUGCUACAAGAAGAACAAGCGACGUUUCGAGGACGAGAAGGCGCCAAGGGACAGGAACGACCGUGCUAACUGGAGACCAAAGAAGAAAGUUCCUCGUCAAGCUUACAUCCUUCGAUCCUACACUGGUUACAAGUAUGACGAUCAUCAACUCUUGACCAUCCGGGCCAUGAUCUCUGAACUGAGUCUGAAGACCGGUGGCGAAUACGAUGUUCACCUGCUCGUCCAGGUUCGUGAUGAUAGCAUUCCCAUCUGGACAGAUCGUGAGGUGUACCAAAAGACGCUCGAAGAGAAUGUUCCUGAAGAAUUCUGGAGCAUCACGACCUUGUGGUCCGAAAACCUCAUGAGACUUUACUACCCAGCUCCGUUCCCAGACAACUUCGAGAAUCCGUCCGGUCAGCCAAUCCACGGCGUGUACCGGGGCGCUCAUCUUCCGCUCUUCUGGUUCGCUCAGCAGCAUCCAGAGUACGACUUCUACUGGAAUUGGGAAAUGGAUCUUCGCUUCACCGGUCAUUACUAUGAGUUCAACAAGAAGAUCACCGAAUGGGCUAAGGCGCAGCCACGCAAGGGUCUGUGGGAGAGAAGCGCGCGUUACUACAUUCCAGACUAUCAUGGCUCGUGGGCCGACUUCGCCAAGGCCGUCGAAGAAGAAACCUUCUUGGAUCCGGAUGGUCCAAUCUGGGGACCUGUGAACUUCCCCAACUCCGGCAUGCUUGAUCACCCGAACGGGACCACCCCGCCACACUCGUAUCUCGAAGACAACUACGAGUGGGGAGUGGGAGAAGAGGCCGACUAUCUUUCCUUCAACCCAUUGUUUGACCCCUCGAAGACAAACUGGGUGUUCCGCAAUGACGUUGACGGCUUCAGCAAGGCCCAUCCCAUCCCUCCAAGACGUGUUGCGAUCAUCACCGUUGCCCGUCUGUCGAAACGACUCCUGGAUCUUGCGCAUGCAGAGACCUACAAGAUGCGUCACACAAUGUUCCCAGAGAUGUGGCCACCGACCAUUGCGCUCCACCAUGGCCUGAAAGCUGCUUACAUCCCUCACCCUGUUUACUUCGAUCGCCUGUGGCCGCUGGACUACAUGGACCAAAUCUUCAACCGUCCCAAGAGACCAGAGGACAGUGUCUUCGGCUGGGGCGAGCACAACCAGCUUGGAAGCACUUUUUACUACAAUUCUGGCUUUUCGGGAGCUCUAUGGAGACGCUGGUUCGGCUACAGAGAAAACAAAGAAGGCGGCAGUUGGCACGAACUCACGCAGUCCGGUCGCAUGUGCCUACGAUCGACACUUUUCCACCCUAUCAAGUGGGAACGAGGCCCGACGGAAUGAACGGACCGAGCUCACGAACAACCUAAUAUAUUCUUCCGGACUUUUUUUUCCGAACACGCGAGCUCUACACUUCGUACACACCGAAAAGAAAUCAUCCAUUUUCCUUUCUGUAUAUAAACGGCUAUCGAUCCGACACGACGUAAUGCGGGCGAUCGAUGUUCUUCAGUCCAUCCCUGACAUCGCGCAUUGAACUGCUGCUUUUCGAUUUUUUAUUAGAAAGAGACGUGGCAAAGCGAAUCGUACACGCUUUCCCCCAGAAGAACAGAGUGCCAUCUCUCAAGGUUUCUGUUCACUGACGCGAUUUUUUUACAUAUUUUGGGAGGGGUCCAUUGGGCGGCGUUGAAAGUAUGGAACGGGGAGUGCUUCGCGUUUUAUUUCCGUUCCCACGGUUUGUUUUACGGGAAUAAGGAGAAACCGCCGUGAAUGGUUUCUUCUCUUUUUGACUAUGUUUUCCUUUUAUUCGAUGGUCCCCCUCCUCACAUCUUAAUAACAGCGUUCGACACAUGUUCCACGCAGGAAAAGCCAUUGUAACAUUUUUCUUUUUCAUGUCGUUCCUUUCCACAGGCUAGCGGGGCAGCAUUUUUGCAUUGUAUCACCCAAACUGCGUCAGAUCACGAAGCUCAAGAACAUUCGCUCUACCGGGACUACCACGACAUCAGCUCUGCGAGUUGUAGAAGGAGGGUCCGUAUUUUUGGUUUUAUUCUGAUGGGUGGAUGGUCCGAUGGAGAAGUUCGUAUGCGAGCCGCCGAUUACACUGCACCGUCAAUGCCUGUAUCAAGACACUUGGCUUGUAGCAGAGAAAGACUCGGGUUGGACGGCAUUUGGAAACACCGUGGGAAUUCAAAUGCUGCGUUUUAGCAAGCAAUAUACAGGCUUGCGAUUAAUCACGCGAGAUGGAUGAGGCGCUGGGGACACUGUCUUUCCCAGAGUAACAAGGGUUUAAAGUCGCUUGAGGCAUGUAUAGACAUAUGUAGAUACUUUCCCACAACAAAAAUCUGAAGCUUACUCCAAAGUAAA